GAGCUAGUUUCGGUGCAAGAAAGUACUUACUGUUUAAGUCCGAGAGUGCGUCUCGUUCGGUUUUUGGUGGUGGUGAAAGCCGCGGUAUGCAGCGUCCCGGCAGCGGGUUUGUUGCUUCCGUCGUUCUAUGGACGAUUUUUCUUCAACAUACGGAUGCCGAUUGGUGGCAAUUGGGAUUACCAAAUAUCAUGUCAAAUUCCGUGGACCUAACGCCAACGGAGCAUGCAGAUCGUUGUAUGAAGCUGGAUUAUUUUAUAGAACCACAGAAACAAUUAUGUGCAAGAUAUGACAAAAUAUUACCGAUAUUAGGAAAUGGAGCUCGCUUAGCUGUAGAAGAAUGUCAAAAUAUAUUUUUGUUCAGUCGAUGGAACUGUACUACAUUUCUUGAAAAGAACAACACCUUUGGAAAUGUUGUCACAAUCAGAAGUAGAGAGGCAGCAUAUUUAUCAGCAAUAUCAGCAGCUAGCGUCGCAUACGCAGUCACCCGAGCUUGUUCGAAAGGUGAAUUAGCUGAAUACUGUUCUUGUGAUACUAAAAUAAAGAAGAGAAAAACACAAAAGUUCAAAUGGGGCGGAUGUUCAGACGAUAUAAGAUACGGCGAAAACUUUAGUAAACAAUUUCUGGAUGUCCGAGAAGAUCCAAAUACCGCUAUCGGACUUAUGAAUCUCCAUAAUAAUGAGGCAGGCAGACGGAGCGUUCGAUCACGAAUGCAGCGUACUUGCAAAUGUCAUGGAGUUUCAGGCUCCUGCAGCAUGCAGAUUUGCUGGAGACGACUUCCUCCAUUUAAAGCAGUAGCAGAAGGUCUUUUCCAAAGAUAUGAAGGUGCUUCUCAUGUGAAGUUUGUCGAAAGGCGACGGAAAAAAUUGAAAGCAGUAAGUCCGGAUUUGAAGAAACCCAUCAGGACCGAUUUGGUCUUUUUAGACGACUCGCCAGAUUAUUGUGAGAAAAAUGAAACAUUAAAUAUUUUGGGUACUCACGGAAGAAUAUGCAACAAAACAAGUCACGGAAUGGACGGGUGUAGACUCCUUUGUUGUGGCAGAGGCUAUCAAACUCGAGUAAGAGAAGUCGAAGAAAAAUGCAAUUGUAGAUUUAUCUGGUGCUGUAAUGUAGUGUGUGAUGUAUGUAGAUCGAAAAAAGAAGAACAUGUUUGCAACUAGAUUAUAGUUAAUAGCUGUAUAAAGUAUUCUGACUGAAAAAUGUUUAAAAUAUCUAACCGAAAAGUAUAUCAAUUGUUUGAACAUUCAUCUCACUGAAAUAAAAGAAUGAACUUACAUAUUAUCUUCAAAAGUAAUAUAUAAGAAAGUUUUUUCCCAAAAUAUGUAUAUAUAGUAGUUUCUGAUGGCAUAUUUAUAAAUAUUACGAUUAUAAAACUCGAGAAUCCAGAUAUUGAUAAUUUCAAAUUUUAUACGUAUGUGUAAAGAAGAGCGGGGUCUGUUGAGCCGCGAAGUCUGGUGCUCCACCUAUAGUAUCUCGCACACGGUGUAUGAUACCUACGAGCGGUGAUAUAAGACAAAACAGGGGGUUGUGAGGCCUACGCUAAUAUUGCAUUAGUCGCCUUCGUUUUGGGUCAAAGCACGUUAUAUCGGAAUAAUAUACGGUCAUCAAGGAAGUGCAUUUUGACUAGUUCCUAGUUUCAUAAAUAAAGUAUUUCCAAUGGAACGUGCUAAUCUGAAGAAUCGAUAAAACAAGCUGUAGAUGAAAUCCUUAACUGUUCAAGCAUCCGCAAAACUUCUAAAGAUAACAAAGUAGAUAAAACUACGCUAUCAAGGUAUGUUUAUAAGUUGAUCCUGAAUCUCAUGUGUUCAAGGAGUACACAAACACACGCCAAGUUUUUUCAAUUGAACAAGAAAAUAUAUGAAAAGUCUACAUUAUAUUUUAUGGUUUAAGUCCGUCAGAUGUGCGUGGACUUGGUUUGUUUUAUGACAAGCUGGAUACAGUUAUGAGCAAGUAUCAAGCUUCCAGAAUAUGAAACAUCCACGAAACUGGUGUUCCAACAGUCUUGAAACCUGGUAAAAUAAGCAUACUGUUAGUUCCGUUACGUCAGGAGGACGUAACACUAAUGUAACAGUAAUUGCGGCCGAAUCUCAGUUCCCGUGAUGCUUAUAUUUCCUUGGAAGAAGUUUGAACACUAUUUUAAUACAAAUAGAACACUAGUUGCCAAGAUUGUCUUCAUGAUAAGCGCACUUCUGAUUUCAGUGCAUUUUAUGUUUGCAUGAACUGUGACAGUAACUAAACAAUUUAAGUAUAUUUUUUUCGAUACGAAGUUUAGUUAUGUUUUUGUUACUAUGAGGAAUCUCAAAUAUUUUGUUAUGUUUUUGUUUCAAUAUUUCAUAUGUUUCAAUGUGAUAAAAGUUUGUAUAAUAAUCCAAUGGUUCUAGUGAUCUCGUAGGGUUGUUCAAAAGACCUCGCCUGUGGUGUCUUAUGAAUCAUUUAACUGCGUUCCUUAUAAAGUAAAUUUAUUAUGGUAAACCAGGAAUUUGUUGAAGUUUUUUUAUUUCAACAUAUGUUCCAAUAAAUAAACGACUGAUUUAAAAUUUUUUUUUUUUAUUAUUUCUUUGAAAACACUUUAAUUGAUAUGAAGAAAAUUCGAAUCGAGUGACCCCGCUCUAUCCUACUCCAUAAUAUUCUUGCACCAUUAAAAUUAUGUUAUUACUGCAGGACAUUUCCUUAAAAUUUUAGAAUUCUAUCACCCAUUCGUUUCUUAAAAAUCCUCACUUUUCUGAAUGUUUUGUUUACCUUCAUUUUUCAAAAUAUUCUUUUUAUUUAAUGUAUGAAAAUAAUGUUAAUAGCGGUUAAAUGUUUCUGUACAGAUAUGUGCCAAAGUAUAUUGCCAAUUAUAAUGUGGAUAUUUGUAGUGUGUAUGUGUAUUUUUCUUGCCUAUGUAUGAUAUAUGUAUCUUGCUUAGGUACUCAAAAUGGCAAUGUAAACUCCGCAUUUUGAUACUCUUAAUAUACAUAUUAGCACCUAUAAAAAUUUGAUUUUACAUGUACUACAUGAAGCAAUAGCCCAAUAGCGAGCUGAGGAUACUGGCGACUAACAACAAACAGAUCACCUAUAUUUAAAUGAAUUAGGACAAUGUUAAAAAUAAAACUUAAAAGAAACUAUUUAUUUUGAAAUAAAAUAUUGCAUACAAAAUUGUUACAUCUUAUGUAAUUAUAUCCAAUUCUAUUAAAAUUUAGCAAUUUAACUUCAUAAUACAUAUCUUGUAGUUGAUUUAGUAUUGUUUAUAGUCGGCAGCCAUUUAUUAAAACAUUUCAAGUCCUUAUGAGGAUUUAGGAACAAAUACAUCACAUUAAUAGAUACUAAAUACUAAAUAAACUUUUAUUGGAAGUCAUUUUGAAAAAUUAACCUCAGCUACCACUAUACAUAAUCAAAAGAACAGAAAAGCACAAGCAAAACACAACAAUAAUGAGUCAUCAAGAAAAACUGCACAAUGUCUACCAAUAUUAAAUUAUCCAAUUGUGUCUCAAGUUAGCCAACUUGAUAUAUAAUUAAGCUAACAGAUCCAUCUAGGGCCCUGAACUUGAAUUACAAAAAUGAUUCAACCUUGGUCCAUCUAUAUGGAACGUCUAUAAAAUAGGUGGUUUGUGCUACUGACUCUAUUAUUAUUAUGCAGAUAACAAAAAUCAGUUGAACCAAUGAACAAGGCCACGAUAAAGCUGUUUUAUGUCUCAAUUAUUAUCAAAAAAAUAUAAAUCUUAGUUCUAUACAAGAUAGUGAAAAAAUUAUCAAUUACAAUGUAGUGCAAACAUUGAAAACAAAUUUGAUAUUGUGCUAUUGUUGGUAAAAUAUGUGUAAUUUUUUUAAAAAUCGAAUUAUUGGUCAAAUCAUUUUUGACGAUUACUAUUAACAAUUUUAGUGUACAUAAAAAUACUUUUUCUCAAAACCAUGUAAGUCUCUUUAAAAUGUAUAAAAAUUAUGUGGAUAUAGAUUUAAGUUUGUAAAUUGACGCUUAUAAAAUUAAGUACGUAUGUAUGUAUUUAUACUUGACAUUAAAUAGUUGUUAUAUGUCUAUUUUCGUGCUGUACCUUUUAUAUUAAAUACUGUAGCUAAAUCAGAAAAUUCAUAUUUAUAUUCUUUAUGAAGUAUAUUCUGUGUUGCAUAACACCCACAGUUAAAAACAUUUUGAGAAUUAAAUAAUAGGUUCGUUCCAACAACAACCAAAAAUAGUGUAACAUGGCUAUCACUUAUCAAAUUCGGAUAACAAUUGUAACGAAAGACUCUUCUAUAAAGAAUAUGGAUAUUGAGCAAAACCAAACCAUUUAAACAUCUCAUUUUUGUGUUUCUGAUGUAGGAUUCCGAUCUUUUUAACGUAGAAAAAUUCCUUCCACUGUGUAUUCUGUGUUGCAUAACAUCCCCAGCUAAAAAACAGCUUCGAAUCAUUUUGAAGAUUAAAUAAUAGGUUCGUUCCAGCAACCAAAAAUGUGUAGCAUGGCUUAAAGUAUACACCAAUCAAAUUGAGGUAGCAAUUGUUACCAAAAACUCUUCUACAAAGAAUAUGGAUAUUGAGCAAAACCAGACUAUUUAAACGUCUCACUUUUUUGUGUUUCUGAUCUUUUUAACGUCGAAAAAUACCUUUGACUUGCAACAGUCGUUGCUGGCAACGUUGAAUAAAUUGUGAAAAGUGGAUAAAGUAAUUUUGUCAUACAAACUUACAGCACAUUUCAGGUUUGAUGUUGAUUGAUGUACAUGUACCAUACCGAAAUUUUACCUAACACAGCAUCCUUCCUGCAAUCGACAUCUGUAACAUAUUUGGCAAGAAGUUGUUUCUUUUGAUCAUCUUCAAGUAAUAUCAAUUCCUCUUUUGUUGGUAAUUGAUAUUGAAAAGAUUUUCAAAUGCCUUUGUGUUUGUCUUUGAUAAAAACAAGAGUCUGUAGACCUGCCAGACGUGGAAUACCUAUGCAAUUCAAGGCUAUCAGCCUUUACCUGUACUUGCUCUUAUAUUAACUCGUCUUAUGCAAGAUAUCUCAGUGUCUCUUCAACUGCAGAAGCGUAUCCCAUUGCAUUUAUGCAAAUGUUAUGAAUACAAAAAUCAGCUCAAGAUUGCACUGAUACUUGUUCGAUUCUGGUAACAGUACUAGCUAUCAACCAAGUACUGAAGAGACCACCCCGAGAGUCGGUUGAAACACAAAACAGAAUGGUUCGUAUAAUGGUAACUACCUAGUUGAAAAAUUUAGGAAUCCUGCCAUCGGAAAUCGAAAGUAUAGGACACUGGCUAAGUGUACUACUAAUAAGACAUGGUGUUAAAUUGAAUUUAAAUUAGCCAAACUCUAGUUAAAAUAAGGAUCAAACUGGAAUACCUUUGGUAUCAACAAUACAUACAAUUUUCGAGAAGAUUUUUAUUUUAAGUUAUCACAAUGUUUAGUUGUUUCAUUAAAGAAUGAUUUUCACAUACCAGUACCCCAAUAUUAUCACAUCUUUACUAAACGCACUGUUAAUUACCACAACAAUAUGUACUCCAAACUAUACAGUCCACUGCGCGUUUCGUUAAAGUUAUCACUUUCAAAUACUGAAAUCGGUGUAUUGGUAGUAAACAGUGAGUGUAUAGUAUGAAUACCAUCAACGGUUUCAGUUAUUACAAUUUUGUUCUCCAAUAGCUUUACUUCAAUGAUGUUCAUUCUUAAUAUCCAUGUGAAAAAAGUUAUGAUUUUAAACACAAACUAAGAUGGAUAAAUUAAAACUGUUUGUGCAGCUCAGAAUCAGAAAAUUUAUUUAUAAUGUUAUUUUGUGUAAAUUUUAAUACAAUCAAAGAUCAAUUAACCACAAAUUCAAAGUGGAUUUAUACAGGUAGAUAAAAAGAAAGUAGUCGAUUUUAAGAACACAAGUUUAUACAGACCAUAUAAAAAUAAUCGUCGAAAAGAUUAUUAAUUUUUAACUUUUGAAUUGAAUUGAAAACUGCGCAUCUUACAACUACAAUAGAUAACCUUUAUAUACAGAUAUCAAUCGUCUAAUUUCACAUGUCACAAGCCUUCCACAUCCACAUGCAUUAGAUAUGCAUUAAGAUAGUAAACAAUGUUGAAAAUUUUCCAAUGGUAACUAGUGUCUCCUACAAGGAAAACUGGUUUUACUUGUGCACUUUGUUUUCCAGGUAGUUGUCGUCUUUUUCUAGUCGAUAUUUAGUUAUUUUUUACGACAUACGACGAAAAAAAUCACGUCUUGGAGGCGUAAUAUGUUACAGCCCAGCGACCUCAUUUUUCAACGUCCUAUUGGCAUCUUUAAUAGACGUACUAAUCACGUUAGUUUUGCCAGUACAAAUAAUUACCGCCGCCUAAUGGUUAAUUCUAUGGUACGUCGUUUCGUGGGUAUUCCCGGUUCCUCUUGGACACCUUAGACACCAGUAGCGAUAUUCCCAGCAGAAUGGCUGCUCUGGGGCCGGUGAGCCUUGGAAAGGUUUCGUGUUGUCCUUGUUGGUGUCGGCUGGUCAGGAAAUCUGCGACGAAAUUACAAAAAAAAAUGGAAACCAUUACUCCGCAUUUUCAAAGAGUAAACAGAUUCAUGGCUUGUCGAUUCGUAUUCUGCAUUUGUUUAUUCCACAAAUGUCAUAACCGAAUUGACAAUUGCUGCUAUUAGCGACAGUUAUAGGGUUUCCCAAUAGGUUUAUCAAUUUUGCUCCACGCAUUAAUUGGCUUGAGCAAAAAUUAUAAUUUUUGGUUGUAUACAUGAACUCUAUUUACCUGUAAAAAUCCCAAUGUAUGAAAGAAGCGGAAAAUGUAUGUAGAUACACAGAGCUAUUAAUUCAUCCAACAAACAUUUGUCAAAGAAAACGUUCUAAAAGGUACUUAAAGAACAUUUUCUCAAGUUUAAUUAACAUUCUCUGUCUAUUUAUUAAUUGAACAAAAAAAGAGAUCCAAUCAAAAUAUUUAUUAAAGUGCUAGAGUCGUGAGUAAAUUUUACAAGAAUAAAAUAUUCAAAAUGGAAGAAACAAUCUAAUAUCUCCAGUAAAAUAUGAUAUGAUUUUAGCGUGAAAAACACUAAAAUUGGCAUUUCCUUAAUAAUAAGGAUUUGCAGAAAAAAUUGUUUAUCAGAAAAUAGGUAGCGGAAGGCGAAAUAAUUUUGAGUUAGAAAAUAAGAAAAUGCAUCUUAGCAAGAAUGUGUGUAUUAAUUUUCAUUGUGUCCUUUAUUUUUACACUUCUGGCUAUAUUUUGCCUUUGCUUCCUGUACUAUUAAUAAAGAUACUUUUGAUAGUAUUUUUAUCCAAUGUACCUCUAAUUGAAAUGUUUCAUUAAUAAUAUUUUCUAGAAAUUAUCAUCCUAACAGGGUCCUUGCUGUGGUUGGUAAUUUGGGUGUUUAACAUCUUUAAAAAUUUAUAUAUCACUUAUUAUUUAUGAAUUUAGGUUGAACUGCAUUAUAUUAUAACUUAAAAUAUUAUAAAACGCAAAUAUAAAUAAUGGAUAAUUUGAAAAAUAACACGUGACAGAAAACAUGUUUCUAUUGGUUACUACGGUUGUGACGUAGAAAGUAAGUAAAUACUGAAACGUGGUCACCGCGUGUCGCCUUUCAAACACCAUUCUGUAGUUGUGAGUGGAGAUAAUUGGUUGAUUAGUGCGAUUUGUGUUUUUGAGAGGGUUUUAAAAACUAUUCUAAUUGAAAUGAUGGCCUAAAUAGGAUUUGUCGAAGCAAGAUCGGACAAUCUACAUGGUUAGAUGCAUUCAUGGUUGCUACGUUCUUUGCUAAUAAUCAAUUAUUCACUUCGGCUGAAUUACAUUGAGUGAAAGCAGAUACGCAAAUACUACUAAUUAGACUUUCUUAUAGUAACGUCAUUAUCAUAUGUGUUUGCUUGAACUGUAUUAAAAUGUAGUCAUAAAGCAGUUUUUGUUACACUUUUUUUGCAUUUUAUUAGUUUCUACAUCAUAUAAUUUACCAAAUCCGUUUCAAGCUACAGUAAAAAUACCAAUAAGUUAACAUUUUUUAAAUACCAAUAGAUAAAACUCACACUGAAAUGUUCUUCACGAACAUAUACUGGGCUGCCAGUUUGACCCUCGCAUAAUCUCUUCUCAUAGCUUGAAAUCAUCGUUUUUCCUCUCGAGUGACUUGCACGAAAACUUUAUUUGGUGUUUUUAUACUAGUGUUUGUACAUACGAUACGUCAUUCUACAAAGUUGAAUACUCACAGCCGUGCGAGUGUUUUUUUAAAAGAAUCCAAACAACUCUGUUCAAACUGUAUUUACUUCUAACCUCACUUAAGUCUGUUUACUUACUUUCUACGACACAUAACGUCACACUCAGUCAUGUGACAACAAAUGCGUUUUAGCGCGUAAUUUAGGUAUUUAAAUUUAUUUAUUUUUUUCAUGAACUAAUAUACCGUUAAAAAAAAUUAAAAAAUAGUGUGUGAUUAAGAACGAUAUACUAAACGUAGUUAAGGUAUAGAAAAUAGUAUGCAAGGACCUUACUGUAUCCUUUAUCCCAUGUAAAUUUACAAAAAGUAAUGUUGCGGCCUAGCUAAAUUUUAUUUUGGGGAAUACUCGUACCAGUAUGAACGUGUAUUUGAUAAUUGACAAACCAAUGUUCUGGUAUUAAUAAUCAUGUUACAAUUAUUCUUGAUCUAACAUUUUUUAUAAUCAUUUUUUGAUGGUGUAGUGGUUAAAUUAAUAUAGGAAAUGAUUUUUGUAAAUAUUAAUAUUACAUACUUAAUUUAUUAUAAAAAUAUACAAAAUACACAGUAUUAAAAUAUAUUUCUUUGUG